AUGAGGUCAGCUCGAAACAUUUACAAAGAUGACGUUGAUUUCACGACACUGGCUCUGCAGUCACCCGAUUUCGCGAAAUUCGUGAAAUUAAACGGCCAAUUGGACUUCAGCGACCCGGAGGCUGUUCGACAAUUGACUAAGAGCCUAUUGAAACGAGACUUUAACUUGAAGGUUGAUAUCCCAGAGAAUAGACUCUGUCCGCCGGUGCCGAAUAGACUAAAUUAUAUCCUGUGGAUCCAAGACUUAUUGGACACCACCGGGGACGAAUACCGGGAUGACUAUGACCCCGACCGAAACGUCGUGGAUAUUGACAACGACAACAUCCAUUCAUCCAAAGAGACAGUCAAGAACAAUGGUCUGGAAUCUCGGAUUCGAAUCGUGAAAACAGACCCAGCCGAUGGACUGAUCCCAUUGCAUGACCGUCUGGGGGUCGACAGACUCGACUUCACCAUGUGCAACCCCCCAUUCUACGCCUCCCGAGACGAAUUGAUAUCUUCCGCAGAAGCAAAAGAGCGACCUCCAUUCUCAGCUUGCACAGGUGCCGAGAUCGAAAUGGUUACCGGCGGAGGUGAAGUCGCCUUCGUAUCGCGCAUGAUCGAAGAAAGCCUCGAGCUCCGCGAAAGCGUCGUCUGGUAUACGUCGAUGCUCGGAAAGCUGAGCAGCGUCUCAGUACUGGUUGAGAAGCUCAUCGAGCUCAAAAACCACAACUACGCCGUCACUGAGUUCGUGCAGGGGAAUAAAACGAAGAGGUGGGCGAUCGCUUGGUCAUGGGCAGAUCUUCGUCCGAGUGUGAACGUUGCGCGGUCAAUCUCUAACUUCCCGAAACACCUAUUGCCGUUUCCCUCUGAGUACGUCUUUGAGAUUCCUGCCGGGUCGAUCGACGCCGUCAGCGAAAAGCUGGACACAGAACUUUCGUCGCUUCCGGUUCAGUGGCUCUGGCGGAAGAACCUAGGCACGGGAGUCGGAUUCGCGAUGGAGAAUGUCUGGUCUCGUCAAGCGCGUAGGAAGAUGCAGGGAUCCACCGGGCAGGCGCAUAGGGUAGAAAUCGACGAAGCCAAAGCGGCGCUGGGAUUUAAGGUCCAAGCGAAGAAAGAGGGGAUUGAGGACAAGGGAGUCCGUGUCGUGGUGCGGUGGCUUAAGGGGACGGAUUCGGUCCUGUUUGAGAGUUUCUGCGGGAUGCUGAAAAGAAAAGCGGAGGGCAAGUAG